GGCUCCCGAGUGAAUCUGGCGUCAAUAGACGAUCUUCGGCCAUGAUGUGUCACUCAGACUUUUCAGCUAGCAACUGCGAUGCAAGAAACUCUAACGAGUAGCAGCAUCGACAAACCAGUGUAACAACAUGUUACAGGGGACCAUGUAGUUGCUGUUGUUGUGUUGAGUCGUUGUUGCUAACGCUAACAGUUGAAGCUGGACGGUGCAGUGGCCAACGCAGACGGAUACAAGCUACUGUGAGUUUCAGUGGUGAAAGCUGGAAGUUUCUUGUCUCCUGUGAAGUGACUGAGGAAGAUACAAAAACUCUAAGGACACCGUUCUCUCCUCCAAGGCCUGAUCCCUGAGUGUGAGCCAAGUAUGCAACGUUAUGCAGCCUGAAGCUUUGAGUUCAUCCCCAGAGUUGUUAAGAAGAAUAAGGAGAAAUCUGCUUCUGGCUCUGUUUGCAUCAGCUAAUGCCCUCAAGACUAUUUCAUCCACUCUUGGCCUUACAUUAAAUUAUAUAACUUAUAUAAAAGUGUGACUGUUAGUUGGAGUGUGAACCACUUUGCCUCAGGGAAAAAAAAUCCUCAUGUGCCUGCCUUAUAACACUGCAUCGCUACAGAGCGCUAACAGUGUCCUGCUGACCUGCAGCACACGCGCAAGGCCUAGGUGUUGUACUGCUAACUGUCUCUGCAGCUGUAGUGGCAGUUAUGAUUGCUGCUGGUAAGGACUCAUCAAGAACUUUUAGUCAAUCUACAGCGACGAACAGAAAAUUCACAACUCUGUUCAGUUGGAGCUGACAUCUCAAAACUCAUUUCUUCUGGAAAAACACUAACUAAGUGGGGAGCAACCAGGAGGUACAGGUAUUUUCGCCUCAGGCUCAUUUGGUAUCAUCUCGACUAUAAAUCCCUGUUCUGCCUGUCCAUCUCCACCCAAGAUCCCCAACCCUUCAAAAAUAACCACAGCUUUGUUUGACUGUGCCAUGCCCACCAACCAGUCCUCCCCCUGGGGUGGGGGGAAGCUCCGGGUUUGCUCCAACGCUGAUAGUCCCACAACUACAACCUCUGUCAGUACACACGCCAAGACAGUUGCAGCCACUAAAGUGCCUUUUAGUCAGCCUUCCCUAGAGCUGUCCAGGAGAAAGGACCAAGCCAAACCUCUCUCCUCAAAUGUUGCCUCAUCUCCUUCCGCUGUGAGGCAGACAGCAGUGGCCCCAUCUGUGGUUUCUUUACAGGAGAGCGGUGAUAGAAGUAAAACUAACACCCAGAGCCAAUUCACCACUGUGCCAGACGGGUCUCCAGCCCUGCCACAACAAAUUGAUCGGAUUCAAGGUUCACACCAGUUACUGUCAACAGGACGGAAGCAGGCUAGUAGCAGCCUCAUAGAGACCAGUGCCCCUUCCUCCAUCCCCAAGAAGGAAUGCCAGGUUGGGUUAAAUGUUCAGCUGACGAGUACUACAGAGAAAUGUAUGUCGCUCCAGACCUCUCAACCUGGAAACACUUUAGCUAUGAGCAGAUGUCAGGCUGCCACAGGUGAUGCGCCAUUAGGAUUGGAGUCUCUUUCGUCAGUUUGUCAUCAGGACCUGUUCAUCAAAGGACAACCCGCUCUGCAACAAACUAACAAGUUGAUGCUUGAGGCCGCAGACUGUUCCUCCUCGCCUUCCUUGCCUCCUCUAUGCCUUACUCUUUGUGAACACCAGGGGACAGCAUUAGGAAAGGAUGCCUCCAGUCUCAACACUGCAAAAGUAGAAAUAAAAAGCACAACAAGAGAAACAACAACAACUACAAGGAAGAGUCAUUCAGAUAAACCAGCAACAAAAUCCAUUCAGGCACAGAACAGUUGCACAAAAAUAACUGCUUUAAAUAGUCCAUUGCUGGUAAGAGGUAGUCCUUCAUCAGUGGUGGCAGCAACUUCUCACAGUAAGCCCCAAACAACAGCAUCACUAGACACAAACAAGCAGGCCCAGGAAAGUCAGUGUUCACCAGGAAGCAACCUGUCCACAUGCAGAAGAAUAAGUCCUCCCGCAGCCAAUCCUUUUCCAAAUGGCCCCACGCCAACUGUGCUCAGUGCCAGUGUCAGUGCCACUCAGGUGGAGCAGCCCACAACGCUGGAUGCCAUCCCAGCCGUGGCCUCAUAUCCUCCAGGAGCCUUGGUGGGCUCUGUGACCACUAAGAUCUCCGCCAUCCACCUAACCAAGCAGGGACAACAUGCCUGCAUGUCAUCCUCAUCUCCCUCCCCUUCCUCUCCCUCACCGUCAGAGGAGUGUCCGGUUGGAGAGACUCAGCUAUCUGGUCAAGAGUGUGUUAUGCAAGUGGAUGGAGGUGAGGAGGAGCUGCCUGAUGAGCUGGAGAAUGCCUGUAGUGAUGAUGAUGAUUCAGACUGCUCGUCCAUCAACGGCACCUCAUCCACAGCAUCCCUUACACUCCUCGCUGGUAUUGAGGAGCCGAUGUCUUUGGAGGUGGAAGAUGAUAGAGAGGAGAGACCAGCUCUGGUUCCCAGUUUGUUCCCCUUCUUCCCUCCAACACUCUACUUCAGCACCGCCAAUGAGAAAGUGGAGCUGUUGCCUGCAGAACAAAGACGACUGUUAAAAUGGAAGAUGAGCCCAGUCACUCCAAAUGUUGUCAAAAACAUCAUCGCCAGGUCACACUUCAAAGUCACCAAGAAAAGCCAUGACUGGUUGGGCUGCUGGGGACACCACAUGAAGUCUCCUGGCUUCAAGGCUCUUGGAGAGCACCAGAAGUUGAACCACUUCCCAGGAACUUUCCAGAUUGGAAGGAAGGACCGGCUGUGGAGGAACCUGUCCAAGAUGCAGGUUCGCUUUGGCAAACAAGAGUUCAGCUUUUUCCCCCGAACAUUCAUCCUUCCUCAGGACAUCAAGCUGCUCCGCAAGGCCUGGGAGGACAGUGGCUCCAGGCAGAAAUGGAUCAUCAAACCUCCCGCCUCAGCCAGAGGAAUAGGUAUCCAGGUCAUCCACAAAUGGAGCCAGAUGCCCCGCAAAAGACCACUACUGGUCCAGAAGUAUCUUCACAAGCCCUACCUCAUCAGUGGUAACAAGUUUGACCUGCGGAUCUACGUCUAUGUGACAUCCUACGACCCACUCAGAAUUUACAUCUUCUCUGACGGACUGGUUCGAUUCGCCAGCUGCAAGUAUUCGUCUUCCAUGAAGACACUGGGCAACAAAUUCAUGCACCUGACCAACUACAGCGUCAACAAGAAAAACUCUGAAUACCAGACUAACAGCGACGACAAGGCCUGCCAGGGACAUAAAUGGGCUUUGAAGGCAUUGUGGCAGUAUCUUGGUUCUAAGGGAGUCAACACCACUCUGAUAUGGGAGAAGAUUAAAGACAUUGUGAUCAAAACCAUUAUUGCGUCAGAACCGUACGUUAACAGUCUGCUGAAGAUGCACGUCCGGACACCCUACAGCUGUCAUGAGCUGUUCGGCUUCGAUAUCAUGCUGGACAAGAACCUCAAACCCUGGAUCCUGGAGGUCAACAUAUCACCUAGCCUCCAUUCCAACACAGCGCUGGAUGUUUCCAUUAAAGGUCAGAUGAUCAGAGAUCUCCUGAACCUGGCUGGUUUUCAUAUUCCUCAAAGAGAAGAUGUGGUCGUCCCCUGCAGCAGCACCUCCAGCUCCACCAGCAGUCUGUAUGGGGGGAACAGGGAGAGGACCAAACCUGAUCUGUCUGCUGAUGAGAAGGUCAAACGGGCCUUUUACCUCACACAGCGCUACGCUGACCAGGACUUCCUCUCCACAGUGUUGGAUGUUUUGACUCCAGAGGACGUUCACAUGCUAGCAGAGAGCGAAGACGAGCUCAGUCGCAGAGGUCAGUUCGAGCGAAUUUUCCCAUCACCGGCAUCAUCUCGCUACCUCCGCUUCUUUGAGUGUUCGAGAUACCUCAACAUACUGCUAGACCAGUGGGAACAAAAGUACUGGAACAACAGGACCAAAGGUAUCAGUCUGCUGAGGACUCUCUGUCAGAAAGGAGUCCAUCUCGGAACCAAUGACCCUGCUCACAUGUGGUCCAAGUGUAGCUACACCUCCAAGUGUGAACCACACAGACGAGAACUUGUCAGCCCAUCCAGACCCAGGGUGGUGGUCAGCCACCAGCACCAGUCCGAUCGCGCCGACGAGGACGAUGGUUCAGACGGGGAUGUGGCCUCCGUUUCCAGCCUGCCUGUUUCUCCAAGUCCUGGAUCUAGUGUCACCAGCAGUGCCUGUGCAAGCCCUCAACCCAGCCUCACCCAGAGCCUGCUGCCCCAACAAUUCUCUUCGCUCUGAGACUUGGUUUGCUAACACGCUGCUUAGCACCCAGAACAGAAACAAAGCUCAGGGUCUAAGCCGUAGCCCUCACCUCUCUCUCAUAAACACCUUUUCCAGUGAUCUUCAUGUCUACUGGCUCAGAAACACUCACUCUGGACCAGACAUCUACUUAAAACUAGAACUUUGAAGCCUAGUAACAUAGAGUUAAGCGAGGUCUGGAUUUUGGUCUUUAACAGAAUUAUAGUUUGCGUCAGAAGGAGGUACGUAUAAAAUGUAACUAUAACAAAUGUGAUUUUGUGCAGAAAAUGGCUUGAAAAAAAAAGUAACGGGGGGAACAGCAGUCAGUUGAUGACUUAUCCUUUCUAAGUAAGCCUCCAUUGCCACAAUAGUGAAAAAAAUACAAUAUAUAAAUAGGACUUUACCAGUGUUUUUAUAUGUUUUAGGCCAUUUACUACAAAUCACAAAUAUGCCAACCAUUGUCCAGCCUUUCAGAUGGUGCAACGUCACAUCGUGUCUGCUUAACAUGACAAACAUUCAUUAUUUUACAGCAAUGCAGUGCAGACAACGUUUGAAGCAGAUAUGACAGGUGUGACCUCCUGAUUUAUUCCAGUAGUAUAUUGACAUUUAUCUCAAGUAUUCCGUUUAUCUCAUUAACAUUAUUAGCAUUUGGACAUGCUCAUUAAGGCUGUGUUAUCAAUAUUAGUACUGUGUGGAAAAAAAAAACCCAAUAGAAGUAGACAUGACAUUCAUUUGAGUGAGACUACUGCAUUGAAACAAUGGAGGGCGCUACACAGAGGCUCUAGCAAAUAAAACGCUGGCAAAAGCUAGUUUAACUUUUGUUGUCAUGCAGUGCAGCGUCACUCGGCCAUUUAAAUACGUGUAAGCAAACAUUCCAGGUACCUGGCGAUCGUCAAGACAUUAAAUUGUCACUGCGAUAACUUUUUAGAGUUUUAAUAUCCUGUCUGACAGUAUUAUAAAUUGCUGUGCAGUGUUUUGGUCUUACAGGCCUUAAAACUCAUAAAUGUAUUGCUUAAACCUGACUUCCUGAAUUGUUUUUCAUCAUCUCACCAGUGCGUGUAGCCAACACUCCCUGCUCGCACUGCCACCUAGAGGCGGCUGCUCUGAUGCAUUUAAUUUCCCAAAAGGCUGGUCCUCAUUGGACUUUGGUAGUAAACCUAAACUGUGAAUACAGACAUCAUGGACUUUCUCACAACCUACACCUCAAAGCUUUUGGUUUGGGCACAUUAGCAGGAGUAAAACUGCUAAACCAACAUUACCGUACAGACAAUAAAUAUAAGCUUGAACACAGUGGUCCAAAGUUGUGGUGAUGAAUAAUGACACAAUACUAUGGUUUCUAUUAUUGGUUUGGUGUUAAGAGGGCAGUUGUCAUCUUCCUAGCCUUACAGACACAAGCUUUGUGUGUGUUUGUGUUUGUGGAAUGGAGAGGAGAAGAAAAAAGAGCUAUCAGUGGACAAAUUAAGGGAGGAAUGGGGAAUUGGAGAGGAG